UCAGUCGUCCAAUAGAUGAUCAUUCAUUACGUUUUGACACUGACGUCUGCGUUUCUCCGACGCGCCGCCUCUUCUCUCCUCUUUUGCGCUCAUCCCACUGACUGAACCCAACGCUUUCUAUUUAUCGAUCUAUCACAGUGGGCCAUUGCAAUGCAUAGAUGCAGGUUUUGCGUCGUGUUUAGUUGUAAGUUGAAAAGCCUGUAAUGGAAUUUAACACAAGAAAUUUUUUUACUCAUCACUGUCAAGUUCAGAAGGGCUUGAGUUUGAAGUUGAUCAGCUACUGAUCCCAUAACUUUUACCAUCUUGUAGCUACAUAACUCGAAAGGAUUUAGGAAAAAUCACUAAGCAAGUGUUUUAUUAUCAGAGCCCUUCAGUUGGAGAAGGCCACUGCCAUGAUGCUGACAGUCGCAUGUCUGCUUCUGUUUCUGAUGAGCUCUGUGCCUGCGGGUCAGACUGUGAAGUGUCCAGCCAUCUGUGUCUGUGACAACACAAAGCUCACUGUGACGUGCGUAGGGAAGAACCUCUCACACGUUCCACCUACUAUAAACGAGAUCACAGUGAAAUUGGACCUGAAGAGGAAUAAUUUUAGGGAACUGGCUAAAAGUGCUUUCAAACACACCCCCUACUUGACCCAGUUGAACCUGCAGGGAUGCAGUAUCCAUUCUGUACGAGAGGGGGCGUUCAGGGGACUUUCUCGUUUGGUGCAGCUUGACCUCACUAACAACAACAUUGACAUCCUCUACCAGGAAACAUUUGAUGGUUUAGCAUCAUUGAAGCAGUUGUAUUUAGACCGGAACCGCAUUGAAGAGAUCCACCCUGGGGCCUUUGCUGCGUUAAACUCUUUAAACCUGCUCUCCCUCACUCAUAACCAGCUGGUGUACCUCCCCAACAUGGCAUUCCAGGGAAUGUUAAAUAUCCAGUUGUUGCGUUUGAGUUAUAACUCCCUAAAUAAUCUUGCGACAGAAGCCUUUGCUGGUCUUCUUGCACUUACGCAUUUAAACCUGGACCAUAAUGAACUCCAGUACUUUCCUUCCAAAACCAUGACCAGAUUAGUGGAGUUGACUCAUCUAGAUCUGAGUUUUAACCCCAUGACAUAUCUGGUGGAGGAGAGCGUGUCAAUGCCAAAACUCACACAUCUGUCUUUGAACCACAUGGCCCUGCAUGACCUGUCUGAGUCAGCUCUGUCUCUGUCUCCCUUUAUCUCUCAAGUGGACCUGAGCUACAACCAGCUCCCUUACAUACAGGCCCUCACAGGGCCCUCGCGGAUCACCAGCCUUAACCUCACUGGGAACCCCAUCAGAUGUACAUGUUUACUACAAGGGCUGAAGACAUGGGCGCUGAGCUCAGGAAUUAAGCUCUACGGGGCCUGUGCUUGGCCGCCACACCUCUCAGAUGAACCUCUAGAAAAUGUUCAAGAACAAGAUCUCCGCUGCAGACCACAGCAUGAGUUGAAGCUGGAUGUGACUGAAGAAGAUGGAGUGCGGGAGAAGACCGUGCCAACAGCCAAGCCAAAGAAAAAGAUCAAAUGCCCAAUAAACUGCCAGUGUGAGGCUGCAGCUCAGCACGCUACAUGUGAGCACCGUGGUCACACUAAAGUGCCCACUGGUUUCGCUAGCAACACUCUUCUGCUUGACAUGCGUGGCAACCAUUUUCAUUAUCUACCAAGCAAGAGUUUCCCCGGCAUCCCCAAGGUGGUGUCCCUUCAUCUGGACGGCUGUAAGAUCCAUGAGAUUGAAGGUGGAGCUUUCCGGGGCAUGAAGGGGUUAAUGUACCUCUACCUGUCCGACAACCAGCUCUCCUCCCUGGAUGCAAAAGCCUUUGAAGGUGCCCAUGAGAUCAUGUACCUUCACCUAGAAGGCAAUAAGCUCACUCAGUUUCCUUCUUCAGCUGCACUAGCUCACAUUCCCAAACUCCUGGAGCUGCAUCUGGAGAGAAACCUCAUAGCUAAACUAGAGCCUUCAGGGCUCCUUUCCACAGUUCCUCAGCUGACAGGCCUCUACCUCAACAAUAACACCAUCACAACCAUAGUGCCAAAAGCUCUGGAUCCAGCACCCAAGCUGGACCUCCUUCAUCUAGGAGACAAUGUUCUAACGGAAGUGCCGAGUGAUGCCCUAGGCCACGCCCCUCUUUUAACUGAGAUCCGCCUCUCAGGGAAUCCGAUUCGCUGGAUCGGGCCAAAAGCAUUCCGGGCGGUGGCUGAAAGUCUAAAGCACCUGUACAUUGAUAACAUGGGUAUUCAAAAGAUGAGCGUGAGGUCUCUGGCAGGGUUUGGUCCUGGUCUGCUGUCUUUGUCUCUGGAAGGGAAUCAGUUAGAGGAGAUGCCUGACCUUUCACCUCUCACUGGCCUUCAAAACCUCACCCUCAACAAAAAUCCGCUAAUGUGUGACUGCAAAUUGCUACCAUUUUAUAGGUGGUUGGAAAAUGUGAGUCUGAAGGUUGAGGCUGUGUGUGGUUACCCACCUGAGCUGCGAGGCCAGUCCGUGCAAGAGGCAGUCAUCUUUAAGAACUGCUCUAAAGAAAAUAAUCAUUCCUUCAAUGAGACCUCCAUCCCUACCACAGCUCCUAAACCCAACAAACCCAAACCCAUGCAGACCAAAGUAAAGGCCAGACCCAUAUCAUCUGAACCUAAUCCUAAACCAACAAAGACCAAAUUUACAGCGGCACCUAAGAAAAAGGAGUCUAAUGAACUCAAGCCUGUGCAAGCCCUGAAAACAUCCAGGCCAAACAAGAAAAAAAGAGGAAGGCAACCAAGGAUUAAAUUAUCAAGGAAAUAAGCAAUUGGGUUUUUUUUUAAUUUAAAAUAGCAGCAGUUAAUUACUGUUUGGUUGUAUUGCUGUUGAUUUGGUUCAAAGUAAAGCUAAAGAUCACCACUGUAUUCUGUGUUUACAUCCACUUACCAUUAUUGUGCAAUUUGAUUUAGGACAGAACUAAAUA